CCCGGCGCCUUGGGCUCCCGGGUAUAUGUGUGCGCCUGGCCAUGUCGUAUCCUCAGGGUUACUUGUACCAGCCGUCAGCGUCCUUGGCUCUCUACUCCUGCCCGGCGUACAGCACCAGCGUGAUCUCCGGACCCCGGACCGAUGAACUUGGGAGAUCUUCUUCGGGCUCCGCUUUUUCCCCUUAUGCCGGAUCUACCGCCUUUACCGCCCCUUCCCCGGGUUACAACUCCCACCUCCAGUACGGCACCGACCCGGCCGCCGCCGCCGCCGCCGCCUUCACUUCGUACGUGGGCUCGCCCUACGACCACACGCCGGGCAUGGCCGGCUCCCUGGGGUACCACCCGUACGCGGCGCCGCUCGGCUCCUACCCCUACGGGGACCCCGCGUACCGCAAGAACGCGACGCGGGACGCCACGGCCACCCUCAAGGCCUGGCUCAACGAGCACCGGAAAAACCCCUACCCCACCAAGGGCGAGAAGAUCAUGCUGGCCAUCAUCACCAAAAUGACCCUCACCCAGGUCUCCACCUGGUUCGCCAACGCGCGGCGGCGGCUCAAAAAGGAGAAUAAAAUGACCUGGACCCCGCGGAACCGCAGCGAGGACGAGGAGGAAGAGGAGAACAUCGACCUGGAGAAAAACGACGAGGACGAGCCCCAGAAACUGGAGGAGAAGGGGGACCCCGGGACGCCGGACACAGGAGCGGCGGAUCCCAAGGCAGCGCCCGGCUGCGAGCGCCUCCAGGAGUCCCCCGGCCCCCGGGAGGCCGAGGGCGGCCUCAGCGACUCGGAUUGCAAAGAGCCGGCGGAGGAGCGGCUCGACGGGCCGCCCGCCCCCGCCAAGGCUCCCGGCUCUUCCCCGCUGGGGCCGUGCCCGGCGGGCCGCGGGCUGCCGCCGGCGGCCGGCGAGGAGCCGCCGCCGUACCGCCCGCCCUCCGCCGCCGCCGGGCCGCCGCACGCCGCCGACCUGCACCCGCUGCUGCCCGCCGCCACCGGCGCCUCCGUCAUCCACUCGCCGCAGCAGGCGGCCCUCGCCAAGCCCAAGCUCUGGUCGCUGGCCGAGAUCGCCACCUCGGCGGACAAGGCGAAGGAGGCCGGCGGCGAGGCGGCGCCCCCCGGCCCCGCCGUGCUGGGCGGCGGCGGCCCGUCGCGCUCGCCGCCGCGGCCGCGCUCGCCGGCGGCGCAGUGCCCCUUCCCCAACGGGGCGGUCCUGCCGCGGCCGCUCUACUACACGGCGCCCUUCUACCCCGGUUACACGAACUACGGCUCCUUCGGGGCCCUGCACGGGCACCCCGCCGGCGGCCCCGCCGCUGCCGCCCCCGGCGCCCACUUCAAUGGAUUAAACCAGACUGUCCUCAGCAGAGCCGAGAGCCUGGCUAAAGACACUAAAAUGAUCAGGAGCCAGUCCCAAGUAGACCUUUGCAAAGACUCACCUUACGAACUGAAGAAAGGUAUGUCCAACAUUUAAUAUCGGCUUCUCUUCCUUACCCCCUCCUGGGACUGUGGUUUUGUUCUUUUAUUGUUUUUUUUAAUUUAUUGAGAGAAAUAAUAAAUUGCUUUGGCAGUUAUUUUUCCACUACCAAAAGAAAAAGGAAACAAAACAAACAGAAAAAGACCAGCUCCCCCCUACCCUCCCAGCACCCCCUUCAAAAGUUUAUAGAGUCUAUUGGAAAUGGCUGGGUGGAAACCGCCCAGAAACGUCUUAACCAAGUGAAAAGCAAACGAGUGACACGCUCUCUCUCACACACACAAAGAAGAAAGAUUUGUAUUAAAUCUUAUUCUGUAUAUUUAAUGUAGCUUUUUGUAUUUAAAUUGAUAAUACAGUAUCUUUGAAGUAAAUUAUGAAAUCAAGACACCUGUACAGGCAUUAAUGUUGUUUUCGUAAUAUAAAUAUAUACAUUUCUGUGUC